AUGACUGGUAGUAGGAGAUCAUUCAACGGUCUGCACAAAAUUUGUCCGAAAUUUGAUGAUGAUGAUGAUGAUGAUUCGGAUGAUGAUGAUGAUGAUGAUUCGGAUGAUGAUGAUGAUGAUGAUGAUUCGGAUGAUGAUUCGGAUGAUGAUGAUGAUGAUGAUGAUUCGGUUAAUGAUGAUGAUUCGGAUGAUGAUUCGGAUGAUGAUGAUGAUGAUGAUGAUGAUGAUGAUGAGAUGAUUAGGAUGAUGAUUAGGAUGAUGAUGAUGAUGAUGAUGAUGAUGAUGAUGAUGAUGAUGAUGAUUUAA